GGGAAGCACUGCGGGGGUUUGAAACUCCCCGUAGUUGAACUUCUUUUCUUGUCGCCUGGUCUUUCAGAACAAUCGUUCUCCAGGUGGAUUAUGCAGCAUGGCUUUGUCACAAUGUCUGGAUGAUCUCCCCAUCGCCUCCAGUCGUUUUCUGCAGACGCAGCCUGACCACAGUCCGCUGGAGCUUUACAGUGAAGCGCAGCGACUAGCUCUGGAGGAGCUGAUCCUCGGGGGAAGAGAACAAUUUUUGAAUUUUUUGCGGAAAGAGUGCAUCCCAAAUUUCCUGUCGGACAAGGAGAUCGCUGAGAUCCAAAGCUCGGUGGAAACGCUCCCCGGGGAGGACGGUGUAGCAGAACGCUCCAGUGUCUGCUCUGUGGAUUGCUCUUCGCUCACCUACUUCCCUGAUCAGUCAGAUGUAGAACCACCGCUGCUGGAGCUCGGCUGGCCGGCGUUCACGAGCAACUCGUACCGCGGGGUGACCCGAGCCGUGACACACUUUCAGCCCAGUUACGGGGAGCACAUCUACAGCUGUAAGGAAGCAGUGAGGAGGCUGAUCAGAAGCGCUAAGGAGGUUAUUGCCCUGGUUACAGACUCCUUUACGGACCUGGACAUCUUCAGGGAUCUUCAGGAAGCCUGUAUUAAGCGUCGAGUUCCUGUUUACAUUCUCUUGGACCAAUCCUGCACCCGCUCCUUCCUGCAGAUGUGCAAGAACCUUGGGGUGCAACUAGAUGAACUACAGCAAAUGAGAGUGCGGACCAUAACUGGAGGGAUUUACUACACUCGAUCUGGAGCAAAGAUUGUUGGGAAAGUUCACGAAAGAUUCAUGCUGAUUGAUGGCAACAGGGUGGCUACUGGAUCUUACAGAUUUACAUGGAGUGAUGGCCGGCUGAACAGCAGCAACUUACUUGAGCUAUCUGGGCAAGUCUCGGAGCACUUUGAUGAACAGUUUCGUAUUUUAUAUGCCCAGUCCAAACCUCUCAGCCCCAAGUCUAAUUCCAGCUUUCGCAACAGUGGUAUUUACGAGCAUCUUGUCAACAAUACCCUGCUAUUGCAAGAUAAAUUAAAAGGCAACCUUGUUUCAGUGGAGGUAAAGAGACUGUGCAGUACACCCAACAGGGUCCCAAUAAAGGCAACAACACCUGGUAAAGAAGCUGAGGAACUGCAGCCAGUGUGCAGUGGAGUAUCGGAAGCUUCCACAAUAGGAGAAGAAUCCCCUAAAAUCGAUGACCUGCUUCAGGAACAGGAUGGAUUAGAUGAGGUUCAUUUAGGAGAAAAUCGACAGUCUACUGAGGUGACCACCAAUGCUGAAGUUAAUGGUUCCAGUUCCAGUACUCCUUGCUGCAGUAAUGCAGCAACAGUUGCAAGUAAAUCGGAAAAUACUUGCCAUGCUUUCACUCAAACCAAUACGCUGAUGGUAGAAAUAGGUUGCCAGACUGAUGUGAACAUUAAAGAAAAUAUUUGUCGGUCCACUGCCACACAGAAGAGCCAGGAAAGCUCCGAGGGCUCCAACCCAUCAUCCUGUUCUUCCCAACCUUACAGAGCUGAGGGCUGUAGCCAUGCCAUCACCAGGAUAUCUGAAAUUUCUCUGGGACCUGAUUCCUCCCUGAGAGUCUGUUUCAGAAAGUUAACCAAGGAGCGCCAGUACCACUACUCGAGCAUCCGGUCUAAGCUGGACCACAUGGUUUCUCUUUUGUCUCAUCGCCGAGAGCUGGUGAACCUCACCUAUCUGGCUUUUAAUCAUCGACCCUACAAGGUUAAGAAGCUGCAAGACCAAAGUGCACAGCCAUCAUGGUUAAGAGAUGCAUCACUGAGGCAGGGACGUCUUGUGCAGACUUGUUUAAAGUAAAAUAAAUACAUUUUAAAUGUAACUUUCUAAACACUGAAUCAAUAACACACUGUCGUACGAGAUUUUAGUGCAAGUUGUGAGCUGAAAAGAGGUUAUAAUUUGCUUGUUAAAAAUACCUGACUUUUUAAAUUUUUUUAUAUAUAUAUAUAAAUUCUGAGCUUUCUGAUUAGCCAGAUUUGUAAUGGAAGAGUAACGUUCUCAAAUUUGGGGACAAUGAUAUUUUUGUAAAAUGGGACACAAUCCUUAUGUGGCCUUUUGGAGAGGAGUCUCUUGUUUUGUUUUUGGAUCCUGUAAUAGGAUACACGAUAGUGUGUGUAUGUCAGAACACUGCAUAAUAAUAAUUACGAAAGGAAAUUUAACAUGAUGGGGUUGAACAAAGUUAUUCUAAUCAUGGUUGGGUUUUUUGAGUUUACAGCUAGUGGAUUUCACAAUCAAAACUAUAAACCCUUAUUAGUGCACUUUUGUUUUAAAACAUCACUUAUCUUUGAAGAGUUUAUUCUCGUGUUCAAAACUGAAUCCUGCAACUCCAUAGGAAGUGAAAGCGCAGAUUCUGAGAAUGGUAAGGUAGCCUACUGUACAUGUCCUUAAGUGAUGCGCCGUGUUUGUUUAAUUGUGGUGCCAUGUGCAGAGUUGGUGUCUGGUCAACAAGGACCUGACCUGUUUGGCUUUGAUAGAUGAUUGUUAUUUUUAUUUUUUUUUUGUAUCAUAACUUUUCCUCCACUGCAACCUAAUUUUAAAACCUAAUACAAUUUUACUAUUUUGCCGUUCUUUUCAGAUGUCUGGGUUUCUCUUGUUUUUAUACUACAAUCCCACCAUACUACACACCUAAUUAAUAAAAGAGUUGGAAUUUACUUUUAAUACUUGACUUCUUCCCAGCUUGUGCCUUGAUAAAUAAAAAUUUUAGAGGUGUUUCUGAACUUCUCAAUGUAUCAAACCAUUUUUGAGGAAGUCUAUAUAUAUUUAAUGAAUAUUAUAUCUUUUUGCUGUCAAAAAUGUGCUGUAUCACUGUGAAAGCACCCAUCUUAUUACUGUCAAAUGCAGCGUGGGCUGCAAUGAAAUAGUGCCAUUUAUUUUGGGAUAUAUAUUUAUAAAUUACACGUGUUGCCUUAAAAUUCAUUUAGCGUUAAAUAUCUUUUUUUUUUCUUUUAAUAAAACGCAGUAGUUGUGUGUAACCAUAUGUACGUACAGAAUAAAAGGUAAACUUCAUACUUUUUAUCAAAGUAGUGCUGCAAAUGCCUUUUUAAAUGUGUAAGUAUAAAAUGAGCACACUUUUUUUUUUUUUUUUUAAUAUGUUUUACGUUUUUUAGAAUUACUGGUUUUGGAAAAUUUUACUUUCUAUUUCCUUUUCAGUAUGUGCCUUUUUUUUGUGCUUGGUUUUUCUAUCCCUGUGCAAUCUGUUUAAAUUGUAAUUAGCACUAUA